GAAUACACUCUCAAUUCAAUUCGAUUUCGAUUUCGACGGUGUCUGAAAUUUAAAUUUUGUGUCUCUAGAAAGCCUGACUCAGAUUUAAAAAUAGUUGCGAAGACUGACAACAAAAACGGUCAAAUACGUCGAAAAACUUGAUCGUUUUGCCACGGUUCUUUUUACAACGGUUUGUCAACGGGGUUCCUAUUUUCCACAAUGGAUCCAGCCCAGUCCUGCGAGUUUGAUUUCAAGUCAUCCGCUUUUACAAAUAAACUUUUGUUUAAGAACUGUUCCAGCGUACUAACGGGUCCGGUGGAAUCAAAAAAGUUUUUUGGAACAACAACUCAUUCGUCUACAAUUGUUUCCUGGCAUUACAUAGUUCAACUGGGAGCAGUCAAUACAACAAUUGAGGUAAUUGUUGAUUCAGUCUCGAAUAUCAAGUCGCAAUUGCAUGGAGAAUUGCAAUUCUACCAUCCAAAUGUGGGUAGGUACAUGACAUCCGGAAUCAUCAAGGCCGGCUCGCGGAUUGGAGAUGAAUUAAAAAUAUCUCUGGAUUCUACCAGGAGUUAUCUCAUUCAGGGCGGCAUUGAUUUAACGCUGUCGAUUCACGAACUAGCUCAGGAAGACGUUCAACAGCCAAUCCAGCCAACGGUUCCACUCCCGGAUUCACAGCUUCUAGACCAUUUCGCGGUUCUGCUAGAAAGCGAAAAGUUCACCGACGUUACGAUAAUCGUCGGAAAGAAGGAAUUUCUCGCCCACAAGGCCAUUUUGGCGGCACGCAGUCCGAUUUUUGCGGCCAUGUUUGAGCACGAGAUGCAGGAAUCCAAAGAAAACCGGGUCACAAUCGAGGACGUUAAGCCGCGGGUUUUCCAGGAAGUACUGCGAUUCAUCUACACCGGAAUCGUUAAGGAACUGGAUCAACUUGCCAACGAGUUGCUGGCCGUUGCCGAUAAAUAUGCUCUGGACAAACUCAGGACACUCUGCGAGGAACAACUGGGAUCGACGCUGUCUGUGGAAACGGUUACGAGGACGCUCUACCUCGCCGAUUUGCACCACGCGGAGCAGCUGAAGCAGCAGGCAGUGCAGUUUAUCUCACUGAACAUUAAGGCCAUUCCAGCGGCGGACUGGCAAUCCAUCAUCGCCACAAACCCGGCGUUGGCCGCUCAAAUGUUUGCCCAAAUGGCACGAUUGAAUUAGGGAUGGGAAGUUUAGCAUUGAAGGGCAAUGCAUCGUCGCUACUGAGCAAUAAAAUCAUCAAAAACUUCAA